UACCCCUACCAUUCAAAAACUUUUUCAGGCAGCAUAAAUAUGUAUCUAUCUAUGAUUAUCUGUCGAGAGAGGGAGUGUGUCUAAUAAAAACGGUGGAAGCUUUGAGUAAAGAGAGAGAGAGAGAGAGAGAGUGAUUGAGGCUGGUCCUUGUCCUAAAAACAAGAGAGAGAUUGACUGCAAAUGAGAGCUUUUUCUCCUGAAGAGAAAGAAGAAGAGGAAGAAAUACGGACAGAUAGAUAUAGAGAGAGAAAGUGAGUUUGUGUGUUUAUGGAAGAGGGGGCAAUUUAAAGUAAAAUUGCAGCAUUUGGUCUAUCAUAUACUCAACAUACCCUUCUUUUCCAAAGUCCCUUUUGUCUCCCCUUUCUCUCUCUCUUCAUUGUCGCCGUAAAAAAUAUUUUCCGUCCCCGGAGAAGUACACUGGAAAAGUUUACUCACUAUUUUUUCUUUUUGGCUCUACAUUUUGAUUAACAAAAGAAUUUCUUUUAUUAGCUGAAAAGGAAAGCUGACUCUUUGAUCCAGUUUAAGAGUCUUUCUUUUGGGUCAAAUCGGAGCUCUGAUUAUUCUCCGGCAGUAUGAAUAUCAGCUGAGAAACUCUGCCCAUUUGUUUAGCUGAAUACAAGAACAAUAAUGAAGACACCGGCCAACGGUGCCGGAGCUCAACCGGCGGCCACAUCCACCUCCGACGCAGCUGAAGUGGAGAAGAAGAGCAUAAUAAACCCAGAGCUAUGGCAAGCGUGUGCCGGCCCUCUGGUCAACAUGCCGGUCGCCGGGACCCACGUCGUCUACUUCCCUCAAGGCCACAGUGAACAGUUGCAUUUUCAGGUUGCUGCAUUGAUGAAAAAGGACGUGGAUGCACAAAUUCCGAGCUAUCCAAAUCUUCCUUCGAAGUUACUAUGCCUUCUUCACAAUAUCACUUUGCUUGCUGACCCGGAAACAGACGAAGUUUAUGCGCAGAUGACGCUCCAACCAGUUCCUUCGUUUGACAAGGAUGCUUUAUUUAGAUCAGAUCUUUCAAUGAAAGCAAAUAGACCUCAAAUGGAGUUUUUCUGCAAAACCUUGACUGCAAGUGAUACUAGCACUCAUGGUGGUUUUUCUGUACCUCGCCGUGCAGCAGAAAAGACUUUUCCUUCUCUGGAUUUCACAAUGCAACCACCUGCUCAAGAGCUUGUGGCUAGGGAUUUGCACGAUCAUGUAUGGACAUUUCGCCAUAUUUACAGAGGACAACCAAAACGUCACCUGCUUACGACUGGAUGGAGUCUUUUUGUCAGUGGAAAGAGGCUUUUUGCAGGCGACUCAGUUUUAUUCAUUAGGGACGAAAAGCAGCAGCUUCUGUUGGGCAUCAGGCGGGCAAACAAACAACCUACCAACUUAUCGUCAUCAGUAUUGUCAAGUGAUAGUAUGCAUAUCGGGAUUCUAGCAGCAGCAUCUCAUGCUGCCGCAAACAAUAGUCCUUUCUCUGUGUUUUACAAUCCAAGAGCUAGCCCAUCAGAAUUCGUUAUCCCUUUAGCCAAGUACUAUAAAGCAGUUUGCAGCAACCAAAUAUCACUUGGCAUGCGCUUCCGUAUGAUGUUUGAAACUGAGGAAUCAGGAAUAAGAAGAUACAUGGGCACAAUUACUGGUAUCAGUGAUUUGGAUCCAGUCAGAUGGAAGAACUCCCAAUGGCGUAAUUUGCAGGUCGGAUGGGACGAAUCAACUGCCAGAGAAAGGCGCAAUCGUGUCUCUAUUUGGGAGAUUGAGCCUGUUACUGCUCCAUUUUUUAUCUGCCCCACCACACCUUUCUUCUGUUCGAAGAGCCCAGGGCAACAGGGAACUCAAGAUGAUGACUCGUCUGAUCCCAAUAAUCUAGUCAGGCGGACGAUGCCCUGGCUUGGAGAAGACUUCGGCAUGAAGGAUCCUCCAACUCUGCCAGGCCUGAGCUUAGUUCAGUGGAUGAAUUUGCAGCAAAAGCCCUCUCUGGCUAACUCGAUGCAGCCGAACAGUUUAAAUCCUUUAUCCAGUUCUAUUCUGCAGAACUUUUCAGGUGCAGAUCUUUCGCAUCAAUUAGGUUUCCCUGCACCUCAACACAACAAUUUACAGUUCAAUACCCCAAGGCCAGCCCAACCCAUACAACAACUAGAUCAGCUCCAAAAGCCCCCGGCCUCCACAUUGAACCCACUGGCGUCGAUUAUACAGACACAACAGCAGUUUGCUGACACUAUGCAACCACCAAGACAAAAUGUAAUGAAUCAAAAUUUACCAACAAGCCAAGUUCAGGCACAACUUCUGCAGUCACAGAAUCCGACCCAAGCGCAGAACGCUAUGCAGCAGCAACAAUCCGUUCUUAAUAAUCAGCUUCAGAGAAGUCUUCCUCAAAAUUUGCCUCAACAGCAGCAGAAUCCGAGUCAUGUCCAGCAACAGGAUUUGAUGUCAUUUCAAUCCCUGGAUCAUGCAAGUGAACAGCUUCAUGCACCUGAUAACCAAAUACAGCUUCAACUUUUACAGAAACUCCACCAGCAACAACAAUCACUUUUAGCACAGCAAUCUGCAAUAUCACAACCUUCCGAACUGACACAACACCAGGAUCAACAGAAGCUGCCUUUAGACGUUUCCCAGAAAUUUUCUUGGUCUAUGACAGACCAACUACCAGAGGCAUCUCAAUCAAAAUCGACUAUGCUCCCACAGUCGCAUGUUAUCCCGCAGCAGGUGACCAGAAAUAAUAACCAAACCAAUCUCCAGUUUGCCCAUCCAAAACUUCAGCAACAUCAACAAUCUGGAACACAAUCAGAAUUGCCUGGAUUUGGGGGAAACACUUCCACCCCAAUGAACAACCAGCUUUCUGCAGGGGAUGGCAGUUUGUUAAAGGGAGCCGCUGGUCUAGGUCAAUCUGGGAUUACUGAUGAGGUUCCUUCUUGUUUGACUUCACCAUCUACUAACAGCUGUCCAAGUGCAGUUCAGUCUAUGAUGGAUGGCAGAAGCAACCGAAGCACAAUAACAAGGGACGAGAUGGCUCAGUCCACUCUGUUGAGAUCAACUGGUGUAAAGAACAUUUCUUCUAAUGGUAAUUUAGUUAAAGAUUUGCAGCAAAAGCCUGACGUUAAGCCUUCGGUGAACAUAUCUAAAAGUCAGAACCAAGGAUGUUUUGCAACACAAACAUACCUCAAUACUGCUGGAACCCAUAUAGAUUAUUUGGAUAGUUCAUCUUCAGCAACAUCGGUUCUUUCUCAAAACGAUUUCCAGACACAGCAUAACAACUCAGCUUCUUUCAAUUCUCAGUCAAUAUUGUUUAGAGCCACAAGUCAGGUCAGGGAACUUCAGGGUGAUCGAAGGAACAGCAGCGUUCCGUUUGGGGCUAACAAUGGCAACCAGUUAGGAAUGCCCAUAAUACCUGACCCAUUGAUCACAAAAUCUAUGGUGGGAUCAGGUGAUUGCUCGAAUAAUCUCUCGCCUGGAGGAGAGAUGGUUUCCACUUAUGAAAACCCCAAGGAAACUCAUCCUGAACUUUCAUCAUCAAUGGUUUCCCAGUCAUUUGGAGUUCCAGAUAUGAUACUCAACUCAAUUGAUUCCACAAUAAAUGAUAGCAGCUUCAUGAACGGAGGAGCGUGGGCUCCACCAACACAGAUCCCUCGAAUGCGAACAUAUACAAAGGUGUACAAGCGAGGAGCAGUCGGCAGAUCAAUCGAUAUUGCACGUUACAUGGGUUAUGCAGAUCUUAUACAAGAUCUGGCUCGCAGAUUCGGCAUAGAGGGACAGUUGGAGGACCGGCAGAGAAUCGGUUGGAAACUCGUGUAUGUGGAUCAUGAGAAUGAUGUCCUGCUUGUUGGGGAUGAUCCUUGGGAGGAAUUUGUGAACUGCGUACGUUGCAUCAAGAUCCUUUCACCUCAAGAAGUCCAACAAAUGAGUUUGGAUGGAGAUUUUGGGAACAGCAUCCUUCAAAAUCAAGAUUGUAGCAGUUCAGACAACGGUGUAAAUUAACUAAUAGUUCCCACUUUGGAACAUAACAAUGAUACGCAGUAGCUGUAGAAGUUGGUUACUCUCCAAAUUUCUGCAAUUUCCGGGUUCUGCUGUAACUCAUCCAGGGAUUAAUGCGUAACAGCCACACGAGAUCAAGAUAUAAGAACGCACACUGAUACCACAGGCAGAGGUUGUUUUUGGUAGUAGGGACAACCAGUUCUGUUGCAGAUUAGAGCUUUUGGCAGGAAAUUGCUUGUUAUGAGAAUAAUCUGACAUUUUUUUUUCCCCUCUUUUUCGUUUUUCUCAUGUAAAGAAAUUAUCGCCACUAAAGUACAUUGUACUUGUAGCAAGAAAGAGCUGAAAUCUCUGUGGCGUAAUUUCCUAGCGUACGGACAUGUAUCCAUUUUUCAGUCAAUGAAAUCUCCCCAAAAUGAGUUUCAGGCAA